AUGCCGCAUAGAACAACUUACAUUUUCCCGAGGCAAUUUCCCGAAAGCGGUGGGAUCACGAAUUCGUUAUCAAUAGCUGAAGAUCACGAGAAGAAGAAGAUCUCGAAAGAAACUUCAAGUUUCAUGAUCGAAGGCGAUAGCGAUAGGGUAACGAAUACAGAUCAUGUGUAUGGACAUACAGCUUUGCUAUCCGGACGGCACCAUUUUAAUAGCUGUAAAAGCGAUCGGAGCCACGGGAAGAAGACCAAACAGCAACUUGCUGCUUUCGUAAAUUGGUUGGUGGAGAAAAAAACUUCCGGAGGUGGUUCAGUUUCCGGCUCUGGGCACGUGAGGCUGAACAACAACGACUUGAAACAUUUCUCGCCGGUGCCGGUGAAGGAUGUUGUCGACGACGACUGGCGUAGUCACGUUUCUCUGCGGAGGUUAUCCAGUGAUGCCGCAAGUAGUUACGCGGCGAGUUUGUUCUCCGGCACGAUCGCUACGUCGAGUUCUGCUGCUUUUUAUAAGGAUCCGGUAACGGAGGAGACGAUAGGGAUGAGAGAGGAGGAUGUGAUGGUGGGGAACGGUGAUGGUGGUGGUGGAGAUGAUGGUCGUCGGAAUCUUGUCCAAAGGUGGCGUGAGAGUUAUUACUUGCAACUUACGCUAGCUAAACGGUUAACCCAUCAAGCAACCAUCGGUGACGAGCCUACACUUAUACAAGGACGUGGUGGUGGUGGCGGUCCUGCCGUGACGUGUUAUGAUGCAGAGUCUGUUUCGUAUCGUCUCUGGGUGAAUGGUACUUUAUCUUACAAUGAUAAGAUAUCAGACGGGUUCUAUAACAUCCUGGGAAUGGAUCCGUAUAUGUGGAUGAUGUGCAGCAACUCUGAAGAAGGCAAACGCUUGCCAUCUUUACUCUCACUCAAAGCUGUGAACCCAGGCACUACAUCAAUGGAGGUGCUUCUUGUCGAUAGAUAUGGGGAUUCACGCCUCAGAGACUUGGAAGAUAGAGCACAAGAGCUCUAUUUUUCUGCUGAAAACAAUCUCAUGUUGGCUGAAAAGCUUGGAAAACUUGUUGCUUCUACAAUGGGGGGAUCGUUUCCUAUUGAGCAAGAUGAUCUCCAUGCACGAUGGGAAUCGGCUAGCAUGAGGCUGAGGGAUCUUCAGAAUGGCAUUUUGGUCCCGAUUGGAAGCUUGUCCAUAGGACUGUGUAGACACAGAGCUAUUCUUUUCAAGAAACUGGCAGACUAUGUGGGACUACCUUGUCGUAUAGCUCGAGGCUGCAAGUAUUGUGUUGAAGAUCAUAGAUCCUCAUGCCUUGUCAAAAUUCAAGACGAUAAAUCCACAAGGGAGUAUGUAAUGGAUCUAAUUGGGCAACCAGGAAACAUGUAUAAUCCGGAUUCAUCAAUAAAUGGAGAUAUACUUUCUUCGGUGCCUUCACCAUUUCAAAGCUCUCAUUUGAAAGAAGUUGAACAAGUUUAUGUGGACCGAGCAUCCAUUUGUCAAGUCAAGAGCAUUGAAGGAGGAGGUGGAGUGUGUGAGGAAGAAAGCGUAGUAGAAUCAAAGGAAAUGAGAGUUGAUAGAAACUAUAGAGUUUGUGAGAUGAUUGAAACGCCAAAAGCAGUGAAAUACAGUAGUAGUGAGCAAUUAUCAGAAAUUGAUCAAGGCAAGAGUACAGUUAGAAGCAACAGUUUUCCUGUGACUGCUCCAAGGUACUUGACCCUUGAGCCAUCUCUUGCAAUGGACUGGCUGGAGAUAGCUUGGGAUGACUUGCAUAUCAAGGAACGUAUUGGUGCUGGCUCUUUUGGGACAGUGCAUCGCGCAGAGUGGCAUGGAUCGGAUGUGGCAGUUAAGGUAUUAACUGUCCAGGACUUCCAGGAUGAUCAGUUGAAAGAGUUUCUGAGGGAGGUUUCAAUUAUGAAACGAGUGCGGCAUCCGAACGUGGUUCUGUUCAUGGGUGCGGUGACUGUUCGCCCACAUUUUUCAAUUGUGACAGAGUACUUGCCUAGGGGUAGUCUAUUUCGUCUUAUACAUCGGCCAACAGCUGGUGAAAUUAUGGAUCAAAGGCGACGUAUACGCAUGGCUUUGGAUGUGGCAAAGGGCAUCAAUUAUCUUCAUUGUCUCAAUCCUCCCAUCGUUCACUGGGAUCUCAAAUCUCCAAACUUAUUGGUCGAUAAAAACUGGACUGUCAAGGUUUGUGAUUUUGGGUUAUCCAGAUUUAAAGCAAAUACUUUCAUAUCAUCAAAAUCUGUUGCUGGAACACCUGAAUGGAUGGCCCCUGAAUUCCUGCGUGGUGAACCCUCGAAUGAAAAAUCUGAUGUUUACAGUUUCGGUGUCAUCUUAUGGGAGCUCGUCACCAUGCAGCAGCCAUGGAACGGACUCAGCCCUGCUCAGGUUGUGGGAGCAGUGGCUUUCCAGAACAGGAAACUAACGAUACCCAUCAACACCCCUCCGGCAUUAACUUCACUCAUGGAAUCAUGCUGGGCUGAUGAUCCUGCUCAACGCCCAACUUUUAAGAGCAUUGUUAACUCUUUAAAGAAGUUGCUCAAGUCUCCAGCACAAAUGGGACCUCCAUGAAUUCACCACUACAUUUACAUUAUCUUCUCUUCUCAUCUUUCUUUCUUUGUUUUUUUUUUCCUAACAUUCUCAUACCAAAUUACCUAAACCUGCAAAUGGUUCUAUAAACAUCUAGAUAAACUAUCAUAAAUCGAAACAUCCUCAAGGGGAUCAACUAAAAUAUGUAAAACUUAGAAGGGCUAGCUUCAGGUUUAUGGACCUAGCUAGCUAAGUAAUCCAUAUAAGUUUCUUAAUUACUUCUUAACAAAUCAAUUUGGGUAUGAUUCCUAGUAAUGCAUACAUUUGAGAAACAACAAUAUUUAAUUCUUAUUUACUUUUAACAACUGCAUGUUUGUUUCUAAAUUGAAUCAACAACAUAUAUAGAAGGCUGUCUUUUUAGUCUUUACUAGAAAAAUAGUUGCUAAUGAAAGCGGGGAGUAGUUUUUAAUUUAGAGUUUAAUCGCUUCAACCAAAAUGAUUAAUUCCACACAC